AUGACUGGGAAAAGGCAGAACACACCCAUUUUUCAGAAGGGCAAGAGGGAGGAUCUGGGGAACAGCAGGCUGGUCCUCUUCCUCUCAGUCCCUGGUAAGGUGAUGGAGCAAAUCCUCCUGGAAACCAUCUCCAAGCACAUGAAGGGGAAGGGUUGGAAGAGGCAGCAUGAGCUGACCGAGGGGAAAUGGAAACCAUGCCUGACCAACCUGAUUGCCUCCUACCAUCAGAUGAAUGGCUUUGUGCCCAAGGGGAAAGCAGAGGAUUUUGUGAACCUUCACUUUAUCAAGGCCUUUGAUGCAGUCCCUCGUAGUCUCCUCAUAGCCAAAUUGCUGAGAUCUGCCCUGGAUCAAUGGACCAUAGGGAAGGUGGAAGAUUGGCUGGACCAUCAGGCUGAAAUGCUGUGCUCAGUGGUACACGUUCCAAGCGGCAGCCAGUUACUAGCAGCAUCGCUCAGUGAUCGACAUCACACCCCCAUGUACUUCUUCCUCCUCAACCUCUCCCUCCUCGACCUUGGCUCCAUCUCCACCACUGUCCCCAAAUCCAUGGCCAAUUCCCUGAGGGACACCAGGGCCAUUUGCUAUGCAGGAUGUGCUGCCCAGGUCUUUUUUGUUGUCUUUUUCAUUUUGGAUGAGUAUUCUCUCCUCACAGUCAUGGCCUAUGACCGCUUUGUUGCCAUCUGCAGACCCCUGCACUACGGGACCCUCAUGGAUAGCAGAUCUUGUGUCAAAAUGGCAGCAGCUGCCUGGGCCAGUGGUUUUCUCCAUGCUCUCCUGCACACUGCUAAUACAUUUUUAAUAUCAUUCUGCCAAGGCAACACCGUGGACCAGUUCUUCUGUGAAAUCCCCCAGAUCCUCAAGCUGUCCUGCUCAAACUCCUCCCUCAGGGAAGUGGGGCUUGUUGUGAUUACUAACUGUUUGUUCUUUGCAUGUUUCAUUUUCAUUGUGCUGUCCUACGUGCAGAUCUUCACUGCUGUGCUGAGGAUCCCCUCUGAGCAGGGACGACACAAAGCCUUUUCCAUGUGCCUCCCGCACCUGGCCGUGGUUUCCCUGUUUGUCAGCACUGGCCUGUUUGCCUACCUGAAGCCCCCCUCCCUCUCCUCCCCAGCUCUGGAUCUGGUGGUGGCUGUUCUGUACUCGGUGGUGCCUCCAACAGUGAACCCCCUCAUCUACAGCAUGAGGAACAAGGAGCUCAAGGAUGCCCUGAGGAAACUGAUUCAAUGGGUCCAGUGUCAGCACCAAUAA